AUGCUUGAACAGGAAUCAAACGAGGAUAGUAUGAGCUUUCUCCCGGCACCCCCGUUGGGAUCAGAUUUCCAACCAGAUGAUGCCACUUUCGACCUCAACAUCGCCGGCGCCCGUGGGCCCAGAAUCAUGGAGACAUCUUCAUUCCAGUUUUCAGAGCACGAAAGGAUCGCAGGGUCAACCAGCACUGUCACCAAUCCUGGACGGCAACUUUUAGGUGGAGUCUUCGAUCGCGGAUCGGCAUUAAUGUCAACCACCACAGCAUCAACGGACUCAAGAAUAAAUCCCGGCGUCUUCCCACGCGAUCAGUACAGGAACUUAAAUGACUCUACAGUAGAUUAUACUGCCUUUGCUGAUCCUCUCCUGCACUUUGAUGCGACAAACUGGCUCUUGGACGAGAAUUUUGUUGACAUUGGAAUUGGGCAGUUGACCCGGAAUGACCCCCCAACUGACCGGUCAAAUCCAAGGCCUCAACCUUUGCCAUCGAUCAAAGAAAGCAACAAUCCACCGGCGGUACUGGACCUGCGGCACAUGUGGUAUGUCCAGACCCGAAGGACCGUCGACGGUCUUUAUCACGACUACGAGGGGACAGGAAGACAAAUUGUCAAUUCUCUGAGAGACAUCGACGAGAUCUAUCGUACGAAUAUGGUCGAAGAACUUCGUGCACCGCUGCGCAAUGAACCGUUGCCAUCGAUUGACUUCCUGAAUCUUUGUAUCCACCUAUUCUUCACACGCUUCAACGUGGCUUUACCCCUCAUACAUGGCCCAACCUUCAGGCCGAGCGAGAACAAUAUUCUGUUAGUCCUCACAAUGUGCAGCGCAGGUGCUAUGACGAUGACAACAGGUAUGGCAACCCGGAUAGCAUCGAUGCUUUUUGAACGAGUCCACAAAGCUGGAAAUGGGGAUUCAUGGGAAAGAGGACUGACAGAGCGGCCGCACCUGACGCGAGACAACAUCAAAGGAGCCACAAUCGGCCAGACCUUCGCACUUUUGUCAGGUGAACCAGCUCACCGUGCGAUUGCAGAUGGCCACCACGGAUGCCUCAUCUCGCUCGGCCGUCAUGUCAAGUUAUUCACUGAGAUUCCCGAGUUAGAUCUCAGCGAUAUGGUCUCGGCAGAAGAUCUCGAAAGAGUUUGGAAACGGUGGGCCCGGUAUGAAGAGAUGAAGAGAGCAGCCGUGGUUUUACAUAUCCAUGAUGCUGAGAUCGCUGCUCUCUUCCACCACGAACCGACCUUCCGCCAUAACGCCAGUCGCUUGCCUGUCGUCGCGCCUGCUGAAUUGUUCCAAGCACCAACCGCCGCAAUAUGGGCGAUGAAAUACCGCGCAUACCAGAAAAGCCGACAAGAUCAAAGAGAACCGCAGUCGGAUCACCCACGCUUUGGUCCGGUCGCACGAGUGCAGGUGCAAAACGCCAGGGCGGGAGCAGGGGUUGACGAGGAUUCGUGCCGUCCAUCUAUGUUGAAUUCUUGGGCCGCUCUCUCAGGUAUCGGCGCCACCAUCUGCGAAUGUCGGCACCUGGACCUGCUCUCCUCACGACGUAUUACCGAGCUUGAAACUGACCUUGUAACGUGGUACAUCUCAACCAAAAAUUGCUGCAGGAUACAGGAAUGUCGAACCCUCAAACAACCCGAGCUUCCAUUCUGCCUCAAGCCGCUAUGGCAUUAUACGUGCAUGACGAUGGCCGCAGAUUUGGACCUUCUGGAGCUGGCCGUGGGAAGAGAAGGUACCGAUAUCGCGGCCUCGAAGUUGGAUCAAGUCAGAGCCUGGAUCUCCUCUCCGGAAUCAAAGCGGUGUCUUCUUCAUGCCUUGUGCCUGCAAAAUCUAGUCACCUCAACAACUGUGGAUUCCGCCGUUGCCAUACACACGGCAAGAAUCUUGUUCUCGGCUGCUCUCUGCUGGUAUUGUUAUAUGCUAUACUUACCUUGGUGCACAGCCUCAUUCGACUCCGGUGCAUCUCUCUUACUCGACGACACCUCUGACUAUCUGAUGGCCUUGCCAGAAAUUCGGCUCCUACGGGAUGAAAGAAGUCCUUGGAAACAAUCCCCAAACAUUCUCGACAAGGCAAUCUCAGACCUUAAGAGGAUCCUCGGGGCAAAUCCCGCCAAAAUGAAAGUCAGCACCUUAUGUGUGCUCGAGUCAACUCUCCGACGGCUUGGGACAAGUGGAAUCUCUCAGAAGUUUGCAGAUCUGAUACAGGCCUUCGUCACGGGGGGGACGCAAUGA